CCUAAAAUCUUUCUCUUUCGGGCCUUUCCCUCUCUCAGUUCUCUUCUCUCACAUCUGUUCUCUUUCAUCUCUCUUCUUCUUCCCCAACAGACCGAUGGCCUUCGGGCGAGCAUCUCUACUCCUCGGCCAUCCUCUCUACCUAGGUCGUCAUUACCGCUAACAUCUACAUGCAGGCACAUCCUCUCUACCUAGGUCGUCAUUACCGCCAGGCCUUCCAUCUCCUCAAUGCUUCCUAGAUCAUCUUCCAUGAUCUCCGGUUUUGGUACCUUGCCAUCAAAUGUCUGAUGACGAAGAAGGUGAGAACUGUAACUUCAAUGAAGCGGUUUCACUCGUGAACAAUAGGGAUUACUACAAGUGCCACAACUUUCCCAAAGCUCUAUGGAACAAGGCAAAGGAGCCGAGAUGAACCCUGAUCCAUGGGAUUCUGCAAUGUGCCAUAGAAUUUCAUCACCUCUUUAACCAGAAUCAUAGAGGAGCAAUGAUGGAACUGGGAGAGGGUUUGUGUAAGCUUCAGAAGAUGAACUUUACAAGUGGUCCUUUUCAUCAGUUUGAGUAGGAGAUUUCUGUAGUUUUGGAUUUUAUAUACUAGACUCAGUUAGAGUUAGUUGCCUGCCUACACUGAUGAUUUUGCAUCACAAUGGAUGGCUCAGAGCAGUCAUAUCAACUUUUAUCAGCCUGUGCUGAUGAUUUUUGUGGACAAAGAUGUCAUGGAUCAUCUUACAGUUCUCAGAGGUCCUACAAAAGGUAUCAAUGUUUAUUCAACUAUAAGAAUGGUUACGUGUAGAACAACUUUGCAGAGAAUGACAUGUUCUAUCCAGAAGAAGGAGCUGAGUACAUCCUAAAAGGGUCUGAGAUAAUAGAAGGUUGCACAGGUCAGGAGAAGAAGGCCAGAUGGUGUCUGCGCAUCACUAUCAGAAAGCGGGGAGUAUCACUCACAGAGACCACCCACUCCUCUAUUGGAUACCAUUAAUUAUCCAAACCACAUGAAAAACCUCUCCACCAAGGAACUGAUGCAACUAGCAGAUGAGCUGCGGUCCGAUAUCAUCUUCAGCGUUUCUAAGACGGGGGGUCACCUUGGUUCAAACCUUGGCGUGGUUGAGCUUACUGUGGCUCUUCAUUAUGUGUUCAAUUGCCCAGAAGACAAGAUUCUAUGGGAUGUUGGUCAUCAGUCCUACCCGCACAAGAUCCUAACAGGGAGAAGAGAUAAGAUGCCGACCCUUAGGCGUACAAACGGCCUAUCAGGAUUCACUAAACGCUCAGAGAGUGAUUACGAUUGCUUUGGAACGGGUCAUAGUUCUACUAGCAUCUCUGCAGCCUUGGGAAUGGCUGUUGGUAGGGACCUGAAGGGCAGAGAGAACUGUGUGAUUUCUGUAAUAGGUGAUGGUGCUAUGACUGCAGGGCAAGCUUAUGAAGCCAUGAAUAGUGCUGGGUACCUAGACUCAGACAUGAUUGUAAUUCUCAAUGACAACAGACAAGUUUCACUACCCACAGCUACUCUUGAUGGGCCCGCGCCACCUGUAGGAGCUUUGAGCAGUGCUCUUAGUAGAUUGCAGUCCAGCAGGCCUCUCAGAGAACUAAGGGAGGUUGCUAAGGGAAUUACCAAAAAGAUUGGUGGAGACAUGCAUAAACUGGCUGCAAAAGUUGAUGAAUAUGCCCGUGGAAUGGUCAGUGGAUCUGGUUCAACACUCUUUGAAGAGCUUGGUCUCUAUUAUAUUGGUCCUGUUGAUGGUCACAACAUUGAUGACCUUGUGGCCAUUCUCUGGGAGGUUAAGAAUACACGUACAACUGGACCAGUCCUCAUCCAUGUUGUGACUGAGAAAGGCCGGGGAUACCCAUAUGCCGAGAGAGCUGCAGACAAGUACCAUGGUGUAGUGAAGUUUGAUCCAGCCACUGGAAAGCAAUUCAAAUCCAGUACUCCUACCCAAUCUUACACAGCAUAUUUUGCCCAGGCCUUGAUUGCAGAAGCAGAGGCUGACAAAUACAUUGUUGCCAUCCAUGCUGCCAUGGGUGGAGGGACGGGCCUGAAUCUUUUUCAACACAGCUUUCCAACACGGUGCUUUGAUGUUGGAAUUGCAGAGCAGCAUGCUGUUACCUUUGCUGCAGGGCUGGCCUGUGAAGGUCUUAAGCCCUUUUGUGCUAUAUACUCAUCGUUCUUGCAGAGGGCAUAUGAUCAAGUUAUACACGAUGUGGAUCUACAAAAAUUACCGGUUCGGUUUGCACUGGACAGAGCAGGGCUGGUGGGAGCUGAUGGGCCGACACAUUCUGGGUCUUUUGAUGUCACCUUUAUGGCAUGCCUUCCAAAUAUGGUGGUGAUGGCCCCUUCAGAUGAGGCAGAGCUUUAUCACAUGGUUGCUACUGCUGCUGCCAUCAAUGAUAGGCCGAGUUGUUUUCGAUACCCAAGAGGGAAUGGGAUUGGUGUUAAGCUGCCACCAGGAAACAAAGGCAUCCCACUGGAGGUUGGGAAGGGUCGCGUUUUGAUCGAGGGCGAAAGAGUGGCACUCCUGGGUUAUGGAACAGCGGUACAAAGCUGUUUAGCUGCAGCUUCUUUGGUGGAACACCAUGGCUUGCGGGUUACGGUUGCAGAUGCUCGCUUCUGCAAGCCACUUGACCAUUCCCUCAUUCGAAGCCUAGCUAAAUCACAUGAGGUUCUAAUCACAGUUGAAGAAGGAUCAAUUGGGGGCUUUGGUUCUCAUGUUGCUCAGUUCAUGGCUCUCAACGGCCUUCUUGAUGGAAAAUUGAAGUGGAGACCUCUGGUUCUUCCAGAUCGGUAUAUUGACCAUGGAUCACCAGCUGAUCAGAUGGCCGAAGCUGGCCUCACACCAUCUCAAAUUGCUGCAACUGUAUUCAGCAUCCUUGGACAAAAGAGAGAAGCCCUUGAAAUCAAUGUCAUAGAAAAGUAAAUAAAGAAGAAAUGGUGACGCCUCCCACCAACAAUGUACAAAUAGAAAUUGAUUUUCACCAGUGAUCAUGUAUCAUGUAAAUCAUAAAAACAUUUCUAACAAUAAUGAAAAUUACAGAUCUGGCUUCCUCAAACUGCAGUACAAUGAUGGAAAUAAUGAAAAGAAUUUGAAAAGCUUAAACUUGCAAGAGAUGGUGAGAUACAUCAUCAAUGCCAUUAGGAUGAUCAAACAACUAUUUGGUAUCAAAAUCGAGGAUGUCGAACUUUGAGGAUUUCUUGUAUUACUGGUGGAAAUGGGAAUGUCUUUCAAGUUAUAUUCACAAUAAAUCGAACCUUCUUUGGAUCAUAGAGCUCUAGGAAUGCAUUGCCAAGCAGAAUCCGACUCCACUGGUUCUGGCAUCAAAUCUUGAACCAACUCUGCC